AUUUGAUAGGAAAAUAUGAUACAAACACAGGCUGAUCACCUCUCACAGCUAGGAUCAACCCCUUUGAUUGCAGAAGAGCUAUCAAUCAAAGUCCUAAAGCCAAGGUCUGGCUAUGUGAAGGGACUUGGCAUGAGACCUUCAUCCUCUAUUAGGACAGCCACUACCAUAUAUGCUGAAACAAAUGAUUAUGUGAAGCGCCUUGAGAUGCAAAUAGAGACACAAAAGGAACAAAUACAAAUGCAGAACAAUAAAAUAGAAGAUCUUGAAGAGGGUAAGAAGAAGCAAGGGGAGAUAAUGGCUGAUGUUGUCAACUUUUUGAGGACCAAAGGAUUCACUGGACACUUUGGAAGUGGAGGGGACUCAUCCACAAGUGGACAUACUUCUUGAUUGGAUUGGGGUGGCAUUUUUGACGUGCAACAAUGAUGUAAUUUGUUUGAAUGUUCAUUUUUGUUCGAUAAGGAUACACAUACUUUUUGGAGUUACACUAGUUAUUGUUGGAUUUUUGGUGGAAUUGAACAAGUUAUAACUUUUGGAUAUUUUGUGAAUAUUUCACUAUUUUAUUAUAUCAGGAUGAAAUUAUUUGUAAUGAUGAAUGGAUAUUUUCAUUU